AUGGCUGAGCAGGCCCAGCAUGGGUCACAGAUGCACUCAGGCCAUAGGCCUGCAAGAAAUCUUGAUACUGUAGACUUGAUCCUUCUGCUCCUUACCCUCAUCAUCCUGCUCAACCUCGGAAUCAAUGUGAUGAUUCUGAUCUGGAGCUGUCUCACGAGGUCAUUCCACCGAACAUGUGAUUUCUUUCAACCUAAAGGUAAGAUUCUCAAGAAGCCCCAGCCUUCCAUUAAGAAGUCAACAGGGGUCCCAACUCUGUGCAUCCACUGCACCCUGGACCCCGUGGCUCUAAAUGUGGCCCACCCUGCAACCAACCGACAUCGCUGCCACCGUCAGCAUUCAGGAAUUUGCCAUGGCAGUUACUGGGAAAGCCAACAGGGAAGCCGCCACAGCCGCCGACACCAUGGCCGCCAACGCCUUCUUCAAUACCAUCACUACCCUGGAACAUCCAUUGCUCCACCCCCUCCUCCCUUACCUGCAACUUCACCCACCUCCUUUUGUCACCAAGAAACCUGGGACACAGAUGUAGAAGACAAUAAAGAGCCUUGGAACCAACAGUCCAACUACCAACAGAGUUGGGACCCAACUUGUAAUCCUGGAAACAUCAGGCAUUACAGGGGAUACUGGAGCAGUUACUAUCCAAGUGGACCCAAACCCUCUCCUCAAGACCUGAGGGCUCCCAAGAGGGUGGAAGCUAAGUCUGAGUUGAGGUUAGAGACUUAUUAUCAGUCAUCUCCAAACAGCUGGCCUCAAAAUCUAAAAGAGAACAAGGAGCCUGGCCCAAUCCCCACCUCCCCACAGCUCAUACACAGGUUCCCUCCCAACCCAUCUUGGAUGCCUGGAACCCACAACCCCCUUCUUCCAAGUGGCCAGAUUUUUUAUGACUGGGAAGUAAAGCAAAGGAUCCGAGAUGGGAACAAGGGGACCGAUGUCCCCAAGACUCCCCAGUCUGGACCUCGAAGCCCUGAGCCCCAAAGCUAUGCUGAGAAUGUUGUGCCCAGACAGUCUGUGCGGCGUACCACAGUGCCCCUCAUCUCAGCACAUGUCUCCCCCCUGAACCGGACUCAUGUCUCAGCAGGACAUCUGCCCUUCAGCAGCCGGGAUAGGCCAGAGAUAAAACGAUGGAAUGGAGAGUACGGAGAGCUUUUGCCCCCACGGACCUCGAUAGGCUCCUCCCCCUCCUUCAGUAGACUCCCCAACCAGGAGACACAAAACCACCGUGGCUCUGCCCCAAAUGAGAACCUGAUACCUGAGGUCUCCCAGCCCUUGUCCUACGUCUCAGCACGGGUGCCAGUCAGAGUUCCAGCCCCUGAUACAGGCCGUGCAUAUGCCUUUAUCCCCCUUAGUAGGAGCCCGGGGGGCCUCACCAACUACCAAGUGUAUGAUAGCCAAGAGCUGAAGCGGCAAAUUCAGGAAGGACGUGGGCAUCGAGGUGAGGCCUUUUCCUGCUCCCCUGGCACACCCCGCAUAGGUCCUUCCUCAUCCUGGCACUCUCUACACAGAACCAAAGCUGGGAGGCUGAACUGA